ACUUAAUAUUAGCGUUUCUACAUUGCAACUUCAAGACAGUUGAAGCGACUGAGUAUUGAUGGUAUCUCUAGCAUUAGAGCUUAUAAUGUUGCUGAAAGGUUUCGGUUACAAUUUGAAUUUUAUGUAGACAGUAACCAAGCUGUUUUGUAUUUCAGUGAAAAUGCUAUUAUCAGGUGGUUGUCAAUUCAAGUUGAUUUCAUUGGUGCACUAAUUUUAUUUUUUGCUGCUUUAUUUGUUACUGUUCAACGCAAUUAUCCACAUAUUUUUGGAUUAAUUGACCCUGGUUUAGCUGGAAUGUCACUGAGCCAAGCAUUUAUGGUCACUUUAUAUUUAUCUAUGGCUCUAAGAACAUCAAGUGAUUUGGAAAGCAGUUUAGUGUCUGUUGAAAGAAUCAAAGAAUAUCUAGACUUACCUAACGAGCCUCCUGAAAUUAUUCUUGACAACAGACCAAAUCCUAAAUGGCCAGAAGAUGGUAGCAUCCAAUUUAAUAAAUAUGCUACACGCUAUCGUCCAGGACUUGAUCUUGUACUAAAGAAUGUAUCAUGUUACAUACCUGGUGGUCAAAAAGUUGGUAUUGUUG